AUGAAUAAAACAAAAUAAAAACAAAAUUCCUUAUUUGAUCUCUCAGUCAUUAUUGAAAAAAUCAAAAAUUUAGAUGAAUAUCAAUCUACAAUGUUUCUAAUAAACAAGAGACCUAAUUAUGAAUUGCUUAAUUAAUCAAAUACAUAAUUUAUACCUCAUAUUUUUAAUGAUUUUGAAAUUAAAAGAAAGUUUAAAGAAAUCUAAAGGGAUUCUUUAUUAUCCUGGAAACCUUUUAUAAUCCCAAAUACUUUAAAUAAAUCUUAGAUUUAUCCAAAAUAAAUUAAUACAACACCUAAGCCUUAAGUACUCUCAAUAGAAAAGAAAUACCCUUCAACUUCAUUUAAAGUAUAAAAUGUAGUAAAUAAAAGGACAAAAAGUACUGAUUACAAAAUUUAGCUAAAGAAAACAGUAAUAAUUGAUAAAUUAUUUAGGAAACAAAAGAUAUUGAAGCCUAAUUUCUAGAAACCAGAAAUUUAAUAAAAAGAUUCAAUAAAAUCAAAAGAAAAUCAGUAAGAUUUAAUAUUUAAGCCUGA